GCGUGGCGGCCGGCUCGGGAGAGGUGGCGAUGGAGACGCCGGGACCUGCGCCCGGAUACCGCACCUACCGGCGCCGGUGGCUGGUCCUGUUCGCCACCUGUGCCCUCAGCUGCUCCAAUGCAAUGUGUUGGUUGACGUUUGCCCCAGUCGCGGAUCAGACUGCCCGCUAUUUCCACAUAUCCAUGGACCAGGUCAAUUGGCUAUCCAUGGUCUACCUCGUUGUCGGAAUUCCAUUCGGCUUUGGGUCUACGUGGAUACUGGACACACUUGGACUUAAAACUUCAUUGAUCCUGAGCUCUUGGCUGAACCUGACUGGCUGCGUAGUGCAGUUGCUGAGCGUUGCGUUCUUCGUACCCAAAGACAGCUGGAAAUUUCCACUCUUGUUGCUCGGUCAGACUUUCGGAGCAUUUGCACAGCCUCUCGUCCUUUUUGCUCCAACAAAGCUGGCAGCUCUUUGGUUUCCAGAGCAACAGAGAGCUACAGCAAACAUGAUUUCAUCGAUGGCCAAUCCGUUGGGUAUUCUGUUUGCCAACAUCCUUUCUCCUCUAUUGAUGAACGAACCAUCUUCAAUGCCCAUGCUGCUGGGAGUCUACAUAGUACCAGCAGUGAUUGCCUGUCUCUUUACAACAUUUGGGAUUCGUGAGAAGGUGCCACCGACGCCCCCUUCUGCAGGUGCUGCCAACUCUACCUCAGAGCCCUUUCUCACAGGAAUGAAGAUGUUAUUGAAGAACAAGGCAUACAUGAUCAUGAUGAUCUGUUUUGGGGGAGGAGUCGGUGUGUUUACGGCCUUCUCUGCACUCUUACAGCAGAUUGUAUGUGUCCGGGGAUACUCAAAUAGUUUUGCAGGGAUCUGUGGAGCCUUGUUUAUUGUGUUUGGCAUUGUGGGUGCAUUCCUGCUUGGAUUAUACGUGGACAAAACAAGACAUUUUAUGGAAACUACGAAAAUUUACUAUUGUCUCACUGCUUUAGCCUGUAUUGGCUUUGCACUAGUGUCUCGAAUGCACGGACAGAAGUUCCUGCUGGCCCUCGUGUCUUCACUCUUCGGCUUCCUUGGCUUCUCUAUGUAUCCAGUGGGCAUGGAACUUGCCGUGGAAUGUUCGUACCCUGUGGGGGAAGCAACAUCUGCUGGACUCAUUUUUGUCUCUGGACAGCUCCAAGGUGCUCUGCUUAUUCUCUUUUUGCCUGCACUUGCUCAGCCACUGACCAGUGAUGGUUCUGCAUGUCAAGUUGGUGUAGGAGCAACACUCGACUGGACAAUUCCGACGUUGGUAAUGGCUGCUGUCUGUAGUCUGGAGGCCUGCUGCUUUGCUCUCUUCUUCCACACAGCGUACAAACGAGUCAGUGCUGAAGACUGCAGUGAGCAGACUUCCCUUCUCAAUGGACGUGCAACGGAGUAAUCACAUGUUUACAGGGACCAUCCGUUUCCUGGUGGCCAGUAGAAUCAUUAUUUUAGGGAGAUUUUAUUGACAUAUUUGUGAAAAUAAUAUUGAAUUGAUUUUAUGAACCACAUGGACACUGGCAAACACUAAUAUUUCCUAAUCAAUGUAUGUUUAACCCAGGUAAUUUUUUUUUACCUUUGAUUUUUCUAAUUCACUCUUUUUAACAUAUUUUCGUAUGUCGAUUUUUCUUAAAUGUACAAAGUUUUGUGACAAAGCCAGAUUUGAUUUCUGUUAAUAUUUGAAAAUAUCCUUUGGUAUUUGGGAUUGUGAAUGAGAAUAGGUUUUGUGAAAUAAUUGAUCAUGCAUUUGGACUCUGGUUGAGAAUAUGGCAUCUCACCAGCUGCCUGGUAUGUGCCAACUGCAUCUUCUGUGUUGAAAAUGAUUCCUGCACAUCCGUGAAACAAAGCACCAGUUCUGGGAGGCAAAAUUGUGAAGAAUUCAAGCUGGCUCUUUGGAAACAAACACAUGUAAAUGAACAAACAAAGGAUUAAAGUAGGAAUUAGAAUGUAAUUAGUAAAGUGACGAGAUGCUCACUCAGAUAAUGCUCCCAACAUAUCCUGUACCAGCUGGCAGGGUGCAAUAAUGCAGAGGGGAGAGGAGUUGAGCACACUCUCUUUUAAUCCUUGUGCACACAGUGAGACCAUAAGACAUAGGAGCAGAAUUAGGCCAUUCAGCCCAUCGAGUCUGCUCUGUAAACACGAGGGCAGAAACUCGGGACACACUGUCACCGAGUGAGGACUGGUUGGACAAGGCUGGGUUCCUUCAGUAGAAGUACCUUCUGUAAAUAUUGACUACAGUCAUUGGGCAGGAGGUGCAGGAGCCAGAGGAAACACCUACAAAAUGUUUUGCAAAGAAAAUACUGAGGAAUUUGAAAGUCCAGAAAAAAAGGGAGAAAACCGGGGUCAGUCAAAGGUGGGGAGAGAGCAAGAGAUUUUCUUUAUUGAUAAAGCAGCAUAGCUGAGUUAAUUAUUAGUGUUUUUGCAGCUGUAUUGAAAUAUCGGACAUUGGAAAUAUCAGCUGGACUGAUAUUUAGCUCUGACUCAGAAGACCAUGGCUUCAGACAUCAGUACGUGAUGUGUGCGUAGAGUCACGGAGGGAGAAUGAAUGGAUUGGUUUCAUUGGUCUUUAGAGCCCAACGUUAUUUGUGAUGUUUGCAAGGUUGCAGGAACAACUGGAUCAUUCAUUGCUUGCAAUAUUCUCAGAUGGAGGUAACUACGUGUAAAUAAUUUAUCGUUUCUGCACUUCAGUAGUUCUUCCAAAAGGUUGUGGAUUAGUUUGAGGCUUUUGAUGAAUGGUCGUUGAUAGUUUUUCCUGCCACCUCAUUGCAUUUAACUGUUGAUCGGGGUUCCAUUUUACAUUCGCCAGGCAUGGUCAUGCUGCAGGUGUCGUGAUGGUGCCAAGUGCAGUCGUAGGGCCAGGCGUGGUUAUGGUGCCAGUCGUGGUCACUGUGCCAGGCGUGGUUAUGGUGCCAGUCGCAGUCACCAUGCCAGGUGUUAUGGCACCAGUCGUCACCAUACCAGGCGUGGUUAUGGUGCCAGUCGCGGUCACUGUGCCAGGCGUGGUUAUGGUGCCAGGUACAGUGUGGAAAAUGCACAGGACAAUAAGGAUUAGUUUCUUAUUCCCAUUUCUAUCCCAAGUUGGUUUGGGUAGUGGCUAAAGUUUUCAAAAUGGCAUUAGAUUAUACAGUGUUCCCAUGAGAAUCAAUUUAGCCCUGCUACCCUUCCCUUUUGAAGUGUGUGUUGAGUCUGUCCUGUGGUUUUCCAGUAACUCGUUCAGUACCAUUAUUUCAGGUUGCUUUUGCGCACUCCUAUUUCUACCAGCUCUAUGAAUUCCUGGCUUGGUUCAAAUUGGGACAUUGCUGUUUGGAAGGAUGUGAUCCAGGGAAUGAGGGACCUCGUGGAUAUGGGGAGCUUGGAUCACUUUCCAAUGCUGAAAGGAGAGUUAAUCCAUGUUUAAGAACCUUCAGGGCUCCAGACAACAUUUUCAUAAAAUGCUUCUGCUGCCAGAGGGGUUAAGAACCAGGCAGGAGCUGGACAAUAUCAUUUGGCAAUUUCAUCUGCCAUUGACUGCCUGAAAAAGAGGUGGUAGAUUAAAUCACAAAUAAUUCACUUGGUAGCAAUAGGUAUACAUUUGAUAUGGUUACAAGCAUUCUGGCAUGGUAUGUGCUGAAGGGAUUUUCUGUACCCGUGUGUACGGCACUGUGACCACGUUUCCACGUUUGGAGAGGUUACAGUGGAACAAGAGGUGUCUGACCAGAGGUCCCUCCCCUCAUUCCUACAUCUGUUUUCCAGCAUUAGGACAGGGCCUUGUUUUGCCAUCUGCAUUUGUGAGAGCCGCCUGUUUUCGAAAUUCCACUUGCCUAUAAUUAGAAAAUAAACCUGUCAUAUUUAAUGUUCUUGUGGAACCAUUUGGGUAGGGCUGUAGGUGAGGCACAAGUUGAACUUUGAUCUUAUAGAAUGGCCAAGAUGUUUCAGUGACUGGAACGGCCUCCCUUCAUUGUUCUGUUCUCAUGCUGAGUGUCCAGGGAUUAUAUGUCCAAUGAAUCAGUGUUUGUCUUUGGAGAGUUUUGUGCAAACAGAUUAUUUGUUGACUCUAUCCAACCUCACAGCUGCCCUCAAGUGGGACAUAUUGUGCCCUACAGGUGAUGUGUGCAUUGUUACUAAUUCCAUCAGUUUGAAAUUUAUUCCUACUUGUUGUAGAUCAUCUUUGACACCCCCCCCCCCAAGCCACUGCCUAAUUUCAGGUUAAAGACCCUUCAUUCCAGCCCUGUCUCGUUUCUAGUUCAGAUAUCAAACAUCUCUGUUUACUUUUGUUUAAUUUCCUGACCAUGUGUUAAAGUGAUCUGUGCACAUGGUUGGUGUGAGGAAGCAUGCUGAGCAUGUUCUGGAGUUUGAAGUUCAAUCCUGACAUCUUCUGUAAGGAGUAUCUGUACAUCCUCCUUGUGGAAUGUGUCAGUUUCCCCCUACUGUCCAAAAAUGUACGGGGUAGGUCAUAGGUCAUUGUAAACGGUCUCAUGAUUAGGAGAGGGUUAAUCAGCCUGUUCCAUGCUGUAUUGCUAAAGAAAUAAAUAAUAAACAGCAUGGAAUAAUCACUGUGACAUUAUCUUCAAAUCAGUAAUGAGAUUUCAAGCAAUGCUGGAAAUCUGGUGCAACACACAAACUGGAAGAACUCUGCAAGUCAGGCAAAACUGUGGCGUGUAGCGAACCAGUCAAUGUUUUGGGCCAGGACUGGAAAGGAAGAGGGCAGAAGCCAGAGGUUUUGUGUGGUCGUUCAUUUAAAUCAAUACAAUGUCGAUUUGAAAAUCUCUGGCUACUAUGAUUACGUACAGACCUUGUUCAAUUAUCAACGUGCAUUUCAAAUGUAUUUUCCAAACUGGUUGCUUUGCCUUAGUUUGUUCAGCUAGUACUGACAUUGUACGUGUGGCUUUUUGCAUAGUUUGCUUUAAAUCUUUUCACCUGUCAUUGUGCCCUGCCUGGGCUUUGUAGUCCCUUAUCUGUAAAGUUCAUAGAUAUUCGCCUGACCUGAGCAAGGUUAUUCAGCUGUGGAAUCUGCACAAGUUGAACCCUGAUCGCCCAGCUCGGUAGGACAAUUCAGCACUGUAAAUCACUGAAUUACUGGGACCAGCACGUUUAUCCAGUGUGUUUGCAGCUUUUUCAUGUACAGAUAGGCUCCUUACUCCUCGAGAUGUGAGGACCUUCUCAAUGGUGAUGGGCAAUCUGAGUUUGGGGAGUGGAACAAAAGGUGUGUAAGCUACUGACAUGGAGAACUCAUCAUGGGGUAAAGAAUAAGGUAUUUUGUUACAUUAAUGAAUAAAAUUAUCAGUUUGCUGCUAAUUUUGUUUUAGUUUAUACAUUUUAGUCAUCUAUUUCUGAAGAAACAGGUUAAUAUAGCAGGGGUAGGUAACCUGCCUGCAAAGGUAUUUUGACCGGGCCGCGAGCGAUUUUUUCCUUAUUCUGAGUGUUUCACGUGACCUCGCUGAUGGGCAUGCAUGGCGUCUUGUUACACUGGCCCCAGGUUCCGUUUUGUUCCAAACCAAACACUGGUAUGUACGAAUGACGGGAAGGCAGACCACCUUAUUAAUAUGUAUUAGAUACUCUAUGUGCACACGUAGGUUUUCAGGUGGGAUCGUUCAAAUUUGUAAACAGAAACAGCGUCACUGUGUUUUAACAAGAAAUCCACGCUAAAUAUCCAGAUAUUUACAUAAGCUACAAUACUUGUU